AUGAUCGAAGCUACCACGGAAGUAUGGACUACUUACACUAAGGCACACCCAGGAGCAUCUCAGCUCAAACACAAACCUAUUAGAAAUUAUGAUAAGUUGUCCAUUCUUCUUGGAAAAGAUCGAGCAACAGGAAGUCUUGUUGUAGGUGCAAAAGAAAGACAACUUCGUUGGGCCCAGGAACAAAAUUUGGAUGACACAAUUCCAUUGGGAUCAUCACAACAUGGGAUCAGAGAUGAAACAUUUGCUUAUGUUGAAAAUGAAGCAACAACUGAGACAUCUUUCUCAUCUGCAGAUGCAUCUGUUUCUGCACCAAAGUCAAACAAAGAAACAAAAAAGCGAAAAGCAAAAUAUGCUGACAUUGUAAGUGAAGAAUUAAGAUCAAUUAGAGUUGGAAUGGAUGCAGUUGUUGCGGCUCUUGAUAGAAGCAACCUUCAAAACUAUACAAAAGAGCAAUUGUUUGAAGAGAUUGCUAAGGUUGGAGGCAUGAGUGAUGUAUCUCAUAUGAAAGCAUAUCAAGCUCUUACGGGUGAUGUGAGUGCAGCUCGAGCCUUCCUUGCUUGUCCAAUUGAUAGGCGUAAGCUUUGGUUGUCAGUUAAAUUUGGACCUACUUUUUUUGAUGCCUAAUUUGAGAUAGAGAUUAUUUUUAUUUUUAGUUUUACUUUUGUUUUGGGGCUAUACGUGAAGUUUUGAUAUCAAAACUCAUGGAUGAUAGUUGACUAUUAGAAAUUGAUCUAUUAUAUUUUUAGACUUAUGAAGACUUUUUUUAUUCAUCUA